CACCGUAGUUGAUAGCGUUGAUGUGACUGCUUCAACAAUGGCACCGAGCCAACGUCAGCGGCAAUUGUUUUACCUUAAAAAAGAUCAGAAGAAAAACAAUGGACGGAAAGUAUCAAAACCUGAGGAAUCGAUGGACUUCGGGCUUGUUUAUCCAGGUGGUGAUACAGCGUUUAAACUGUUAUUAUCAGCCAGAUUUUGCUCUGCAAUAUGGAGCCAUAUAACGGACUGCGAUGAGACCUUUAAUUAUUGGGAGCCGAGCCAUUACCUACUUUAUGGAACAGGUCAGCAAACUUGGGAGUACAGUCCAGAUUAUGCACUGCGAUCUUACACAUAUUUACUACUACACGUUGUUCCUGCAAAAAUUUACUGCUCUCUAUUAGAACCGAAUCCUGUACUUGUAUUCUACUUUAUUCGAUGCUUGCUUUCAGUAGGCUGCGCCGUAUCAGAGGUAUAUUUUUACAAAAAUGUAUGCAGAGAGUUUGGAGUACACAUAGCCCGUCUGACGUUAGCAUUUCUAAUUUUUAGCUCUGGAAUGUAUAUUUCAAGCGCUGCUUUCUUGCCUUCGUCAUUUUCAAUGUACUUGAGCACCGUGGCUGUAGCCGCUUGGUAUGACCGUAAAUACGAAUUAGCAAUUUUUACCACUGCUAUUUCUUCCUUACUUGGUUGGCCAUUCGCUGCUUUGUUGGGCAUUCCCAUAGCAAUAGAAAUGCUUUUUCGUCGAAGAGAAUGGCUGCAGUUCGUCAAGUGGGCAGCUUUGUCCGGUUUCGUGAUAUUGGCGCCAAUGGUUUGGUUCGACUCCGUAUUCUUCGGCAAACUAGUUGUCGCCCCUCUCAACAUAAUCAUGUACAAUGUCUUUACUAGUCAUGGUCCGGACCUGUAUGGCACUGAGCCAUUCACCUUCUAUAUCUUAAACGGCUUCUUGAAUUUCAAUUUCGUCUUUCUUGGAGCGCUGUUGGCCCCGUUUGGAUUGCUUUUAACUUGGAUGGUUGUACCCGCGAGACCAAGAAACUCUUAUUGUCUACCUUACUGGUACUCACUGGCGCCGCUCUAUCUAUGGAUUGCUGUAUUCUUCUUCCAGUCGCAUAAAGAAGAAAGAUUCCUUUUUCCAAUCUACCCCAUGAUCUGCCUAGCCGGAGCAAUAACAGUUGAUGUUAUUCAGAAGCUUUACUUCUUUGUCCGCACUCAAAUCAGCCCGUUACCAGUCACUUCUCAUUACUUACAACACACAGCGCCGAUCAUGGUUCUGUCGAUGAUUGUUUGCGGUUUACUCGGGCUCUCAAGAUCGUUCGCUCUUUACAAGGGCUACUAUGCGCCAUUAGAAGUAAUGAUGGAAGCCAACAAACUUGGAUCUGAUGGACAAGUACCUUCUGACGUAAACAUCAAUUUUUGCAUUGGCAAAGAAUGGCAUCGCUUUCCUAGCAGCUUUUUCUUUCCUUCGAACAAUUGGAGGCUCCAAUAUUUGCAGUCUGAAUUCACUGGUCAGUUACCACAACCCUAUUCAGAUCAAGAAAAUGGCACGAGUAUUGUUCAGCCUCACUUCAAUGACAUGAACAAGGAAGAAACGUCUCGUUAUUUCGACGUUGGAAGAUGUCAUUUUUUACUGGACUUGGAUCUUGGAAAAGAAUCUUCCCUCGAACCAAAUUACUCACAUCAACCCGAUCAUUUUACAGUGAUUAAGUCUGCCGAGUUCCUGGAUGCCUCCAAAUCUCAUCCAUUCUUCAGAGCAUUCUACAUUCCAUUCCUAUCGCCAAAAUACUGUAACUAUGGAUCUUACAACUUGCUACAAAGUACAAAGUUUAAAUUAAUGCCAGCGGCUUCUUCUGGCAGCAAGUCAAAAUUUCCGAGGGCACAAUAACUGAUAAUAAAUAACCAAAAAAAUAAAAUAUUCUUAUUUUGUAACGCAACAUUCCCGUUUAUCAUACCACAGAAAUUAAUUUUUACCCUUCGCAUUUUACCUUCAACCCAAGUUACUUACAAUCUGAGGUCAUAAAAUAUUCUUUCGUAUUUUUGCACCGUGAGAUUUUCGUUUUUCAUGUAACUCACUACAAAUCUGAAUGAAAAGUUUUUUAUUCGAGGCAGCAAAGUGACUUCCAAUUACAAUUCUAUCUAAAGUUGUGAGAUUAUUAUUGUAAAUUUUUACCAAUAUGACAAUUACCAGAAAAUCUAUGAGAUAAGAUUUAAUGAACACGUUUGCAGAUCUGUUUUUCCGUAUGUAUAAAUAUUGUAUUUACAUAUGUAGGUAUGUAUAGGUAGCAAUAGUCUGAGGUGAGGAUUUAUGGUUUAGUAAGCGCGGAGAAUCCUUGCUACAGAAAAAACUACCUGAAUUGACCUUGUCACGCUCAAUCUGUACGUGUAUUUUUCGCUAUUAGUUUUCUGUGUCAAACAUGUCCGAAUCCCGGCAAACACAGCUUACGUUGCAUCGAUUAUAUGACAAUAACACUUUGCGUUUGUCGGAAUUAAUGUGUUUUAUACGUAUGAUGUAAUAAUUAUACACGUAACGGUAUAUACAAAUCAUUUUUUUUAUUCUAUAGAUAAAGCUAAUUAAUAUUAUACAAAUUAAAUAGGUAAUUGACAAUUACUAGAAUUAAAAAACACUAGUUUGAUACUUAACAUCUCAAUUGUAAUUUGUUGUUAUAAAAUAAGACUUAUAAUUAUCGACUUUUUUGCCGACCGGUCAAAUCAUUCUUAUGUUACAUAUUUAACAUAAGAAUGAGCAUCCAUUUUUGGAAAAUCCUAUUCAUAGCUGAGGGAGUUUUCAAGAUUCUAGGAAUUAUAGAUAUUGACAUGAUAUGAUAAGCAGCAUUAUUUUUGUGCAAUAUUUGUGCCAGGAAGUAUAAACUACGAUUCAAAUUUACACAGGCUGAGGACCUAAUCUUCUUUUAUUACGGUGUUAAUAUUGCACGAAAACAGUGUUUUAACAUAUGACUUCUGAAAUAUCAAAAAGUCCUUUAAUGUCGAAUAUUAUGAAAAAUACGCACAAUCAUAUAAAAUGCAAAAUGACUUGAUUGGUAAUGGUCGUUAAUUAUCACCAAAGAGAAUGGGAUGGGUCCAUCCUUUUUGAUUGUCACCUGACGAAUUCUCAGCUUAUGUGUCUGGCAUUUACCAGCAGUGAAAUAAAGUAACAACGGAACAUGUCCAUCCUCA